UGCCUGACGUCAUCAGUUUCGAGUAGGUCUAGGAUUAGUUGGAAUAGCAGAAAGAAGUAGGCCUAUUUGUUACUUUAGCAAAAUGGUGAAGAAAAAAACACCGGGUAAGAAGAAAACGUUGCUGUUCGACUUCAAUAAACCCAACAAAGGAAAACCAAAGCUGUCAAAAGCUGAAAAGGAAAAACUAAAACGUGAAGAAGCAGAAAGGAAAGCUGAAGAAGAAGAACAAGCAAGACUUGCUGCUAUUGAAGAGGAAAAGAAGCGAAAGGAAUUAGAAAAACAAGAGGCAUCUGAAAGAAAAAAAUUGGAAAAUGCUCAAAGAAAGAUACGCAAAACCCAGAUGUCUGAUUUGGAUGAACUUCUUCAGAUCAAUAAGAUGGCCCUGAAAGACAAGCAUGACUUACGCAGGAAACAAGAGAAGUGGGCGCGCUACCUGCGAUGUGAUGGCUCCCCAGACCCGACAGUUCCGUGGGAAAUCAACACAUACAUCAACCUGAAGAUGGAGGAAGCCAGCAGAAACGAUGCUGAUUCCGUCCUCACAGACAGUGAGAUGGAUCUGAAGUUGAUUGACGAGCUACAGUACAUGCUGGAUGACACACCUCCUGAUGAGAUCACAGAGAGAGAACUGGCUGCAAGCAAAGAGACGAUCGAGGAGCUGCAGAACUUAGUGAAGACGAAGCUGGACCUAGCCACGCUGCAGGUGUUGUGUGACGCGACCAGCCUGCAGGACUCUGAGACCAACAAUCUGCAGUACUGCAAGGACAACUCAGCCAUCUGUCUCUGUGUCUGGGGAAACCUCAGCAAGAAUCAAAGAAUUAAGACCUAUGAGUUUUCCAACAAAGGUUUCACCUUUGACAUUCCACGAACCUUGGCCCUGACUAACUGUGCAAUUAGAGUUCUGUUCACGAAGUUCGAUCACUGGUCACCUCAGUGCAAAGCAUUCUUGCCUAGACCAAAGAUAAAAGAACCUGAAGUUCCGGAAGUGGUGGUGGAGGAGGAAGUGAAGGAGGAGGUGCCGGAAGAGACGGAGAGCCCGGGGGAGGAAGGGGAGCAGCAGGAGGAGCAGGAGGCCGAGGUGGAGAAAGACAACACCAUGGACCUGUUGAGUCAGCUACAAAAUUUUGGGAAGGAGGAGGAGGAGAAGCCUGAGGAGGAGGAGACCAAGGAGGAGGAGGUUGAGGAGGAAGAGGAGGACUAUGAGGACCGAGUAACACCAGAGCCUGUGGAGUGGCUGGACUUUGAUGAGUUUGACGACGUGCUGGAUCUGCGUGCAUUCCAUGUGAUUGGGGAGAUCAUCACCUUCAACCUGCUGGAGUUGCCUCCACAGCCGAAGACCGUCAACAAGUGGACCAUCACUACACUGGUGGACCCCCCUGAACUGAAUUACCUAGAAUACAAGGCUGAGCCAGCAGCUGCGAACCAGACCAAGGACCAAAAGGACUCGCACACUCAGGAGAAGCGAGAUGAGAAACCACCAGUGGGAAUCCAUAUUAAACUUCCAACAAACCAGGUUUACUUGGAGGAACCACAGAUUACUUGGUGGGACGACAAACACAAACUCUGGAGGCUUAAUGGAUUUUCAGACAUUGUAUAUAAUGAAGAAAAACGGACGCUUGAUUUCAAGACUAGUCGAUUUGGAACGUUGGCCCUGCUGCAGGAUGCUCACAUCAACAUGCCCUUCCAGUCGUGGGAGAUCCGGCCCCGCGGGUUGAACCGAGCGGUCCUCACCAUAGUGGCCGCCAUUGUAGAGAUUGAGAUAGAGAUAGAGGAUUCAACUUGCUGUUUGAGCAAAUCAACAGAGCUUCCAGAAUUAGCGCCUUUGAAGAACAUCCCAAUGAUUCCUAGAGACUUUAUCAAGGCUUUGCAGAAAGUUGGCAUGAACAUAUUUCCAGCUCCGGAUUCUUCAAAGUAUGUCACAAUACAAGACAAGCAUCUGGUGGUGGAAGAGAGGAUCUACGAAGAGAUGGCACUGGUCGCGUCGUCCAUGGCAUUUUCCUGGAGCAAGUGGAACAGCGAGGUCAACGACAAACAGAAGAUCAUCUUCCAGACGGCAGAACAUCUGUCCGACGAACGACUGCUGGAGGAGGACUGGAGUCUGUUCCAGGCGACGAAGCGUCAGGUGAUGAAACUCAAGAUGAAUGAGUUUGAUGAGCAAUACGUUGAAGAGUCGGCAGUAACCGAGUACCAUUCGAACAUGUACCACCUUGUAACGUACACAGGGUCAGAGGAAGCCGUGGACAGAAUCAAAUCAUCUAGUAUCGAGUUCAUUGACUGUGUCGAGCAGAUACUCAAAGCAACCAAAGUACUCACGUAUGCUUGAACCAAACUCGGUUGUAGUUUUAUGAUGACAACCUCAACUGCAACUUCAACAGUCACGACAGCAGUAACAACAAACAGCAGAGCAGCAUGUUUCUACUGUGACGCCCAUCCAGAUGUGAAAAUCAUUAGCACAAAGAUUUACUGUGAAAUAUUUAAAUCUUGAAAAAAUGCAACAAACUAUUUAUAUACUUAUCAGUUCUAUUAACAGCAAAAUGGUCUUGACAUAAAAGCAAUUACAUGUAUAUGAACUUUAAAGAUAUAAUAUUUUACAUUAACUUGAGAGGUGGGGGUUUAUGUUUGUAAAUUGAUAGGUAUGUGAGAUGUUGCAAGUUAAAUGUUAUUUGGUUACAACACUUUGACAUGCGGGUAUUUUAAAAUAAAUGUUAAUGUUCCCCAAAAGAUUUAAUGUGUGAAGAUAAUUUUCAUUGGUUACAACAAACUUGGAUUUUUUGAGAUCAUAAAUUUGGAAGCGUUACAUGUAUGUGUUGUGGGAUCAAUUUUCAUUGAUUCUGAGGUGUGGGGCUGGUGUAAGAUACAUUUUUAUUGGUUACAACAUAUUGGGAUGUGGGGUGGUAUUGUAACAUUAAUUUUCAUUGGUUAUAAAAAUUAAUUUUAAGUGUAGGGUAUGAUAAAAUAAAUUUUUAGUAGUUGUACCAAACCUGCUUGAUAAGUUUAUUCUGAAAAAUUGUAAAUUUAUGGAUAAGAUAAACUUUUUUAUUAUAUUUUAGGUGUGUGAAAAACAAAUGAAUAAAUUAUUAUUUACUUUUA